GUAAAUCAGCCAUCUGCAGCAAAGCAUCUGAUGGAUUUUGACAAGAAGCCUUUAGACAAAAAAACUGAAUUCAGUAUUGGUACUGACUUUGGUCUGAAGCUUGACCAAUAUUCUAAGAAAACUGGGGCUCUCAAAAAUAAGUCUGCAGCCAGCCAAGCCCGUGAGUGGACAGAACAAGAAACUUUACUUCUUUUAGAAGCUCUUGAAAUGUACAAAGAUGACUGGAACAAAGUAUGUGAGCAUGUAGGAACAAGAACACAAGAUGAGUGUAUCCUUCAAUUUCUCCGUCUCCCCAUUGAAGAUCCAUAUUUGGAAGACUCAGAAGUUGGUUCAGGAGCAUCACCAACUACAUUAGGACCUUUGGCAUACCAGCCUAUUCCAUUCAGUAAAUCUGGUAACCCUAUUAUGUCCACUGUUGCCUUUCUCGCUUCAGUGGUUGAUCCUCGAAUUGCGGCUUCAGCUGCAAAGGCAGCCAUGGAUGAGUUCUGCAGAAUCAAAGAUGAAGUACCUGCAGCUCUGCUUGAUUCUCACAUUAAGAAUGUUGCUGAUCAUGCAGCCUCCAAUGAAGGAAAGGUGGAUCCAACUGCUGGCUUAGCUAAAUCAGGUAUUGCUGGAACUGAGCCAGAGGGAGAGGAAAAGAAGGAAGGAGAAGAAGAGACAGAAAAGAAAGACGAUGCUAAAAAGGAUGGUGAGAAGAAGGAAGAGGAAAAGAAAGACGAAGAUGAUAAAGAAAAAAAAGAAGCUAUGGAAAUUGACAAAUCAGAUGAAAAAAAGGCAGAGGAGAAAAAGGAUAGUGGAGAAGAGGAGAGGAAGGAUGAAAAGGGAGAAACCAAAGAAGAAAGGAAAGAAGAAAUCAGUCCUGAAGAAAAGAAAUUAGAUGCAGAGCGUGAGAGAUUACGCAAAGAUGCUUCUGUUCAACAGGCAGCCAGUGCUGCUCUGGGAUCAGCUGCUGUAAAAGCAAAACAUUUAGCUGCAGUAGAAGAAAGAAAAAUUAAAUCUUUGGUUGCACUGCUGGUUGAAACUCAAAUGAAAAAGCUUGAAAUCAAAUUGCGUCACUUUGAAGAACUUGAGACCAUAAUGGAUAGGGAACGAGAGAGCUUGGAACUACAGCGUCAGCAGUUGUUGCAAGAACGUCAGCAGUUUCAUCUGGAACAGUUGAAAGCUGCAGAGAUGAGGGCUCGUCAACAUGCCUUACAUCAGUUGACUCAAGGAGCAAGUCCGGCUCAUUCCCCAGCACCUUCCAUGACACAGGUUCACCAGUAGCAUCCCAUGUGUAGAUGAAUACUAGAUAAAAUUAUGGAAAGUGGGUGUAUGGUACAUAAAUUCUUCAGUGGCUAUUCUGCCAAUGGUGACAGGCAAGGUAAGCUUUGUGAUGUCUUUGGAUAGAAUUUAUCUGUACAUGAUUUUUAAUAUUCAAGAGAAGACUUAAAAAUAUUUUCAGAGUGUAAUAUAAAGAUUUGUUUGUUAAAUUGUUUAAGUACUGUCUCUCUUUUUGGAUUUGGACAUUUGCAGAUGAAAGAAUUCUCUAAGUGUUAACUCGAAUUUUAAUAUGCAAUUAUGUUUAAUUAAGAAUCUAAUUCAAAAUUUGCUUAAAGCAAAUUGAGUUUUACAUUCCCACAUACACAUGUAAAUUUUUAGUUUAUUACUAGGUUUACAGCCCAUUGGCCUUUUAUGUACCAAAUAUGCAGUGCAAGAAAUAUUGUAGGUGAAUGCAGGCACUUUUUUUUCUAAUAAGCUUAGAAAUAUAAAUUUGAUCUAUAUUAAUGUCUUCUGGAAAUCUCAGUUAAUGUAUCAUACAACAUUAUCAUCAUUUUAUCAUUAAAACUCAUUUUUA